AUGGAGCUCCUCGAGGAAACUGAGCUCUGUUUUCCGCAUUUCCCCAAUACCUCGUGCAGGAUCGCUAAGAGCUCUCAGUCUGCAACCCUGCUCACUUACACUCUGCUGUCGUUUAUCUCUGUGCUUACUAUGACUCUCAACCUCCUGGUCAUCAUCUCCAUCUCACACUUCAAGCAGCUCCGCACUCCCACCAACCUCCUCCUCCUCUCUCUGGCUGUCUCAGAUUUCAUCAUUGGAUUUCUCAUGCUGUUUCAAAUGAUGACAAUAAGUGGCUGCUGGCUCCUGGGUGACCUGAUGUGUUCUCUGUAUUAUGUUCUGGCCUGUAUUACAACCUCUGCCUCCAUAGGAAACAUGGUUCUCAUAUCUAUGGACCGCUAUGUGGCUAUAUGCUACCCUCUGCAUUAUCCCUCCAAAGUCAAUCAAAAAAAAGCUCAAGUUUGCAUUUGUCUUUGUUGGACGUGUUCAGCUCUGAGUAACAGUCUUCUGCAGAAGGACAGCCUGGAACACCCAGGCAUGUACAAGUCCUGCUAUGGAGAGUGUGUGUUUGUUGUGGAUUACAUUUCUGGGCGUGUUGAUCUGUUUUUGUCCUUAAUCGGCCCCAUCACUGUGAUCGUAGUUUUGUAUAUGAGAGUGUUCAUAGAGGCUGUCUCUCAGGCUCGUGCCAUGCGAUCUCACACUAAGACUGUGUGUCCUCAGGGCUCAGAGACUGUAAUGGCAAAGAAGUCUGAAAUCAAAGCAGCCAGGACUCUGGGUGUUGUAAUACUCGGGUUUCUAAUUUGCCUGUGCCCUUACUUUAGUGCCACACUUUCAGGCCAGGACACACUAUUCAACACUUCAUUGUCAGCUUUUGCAAUUUGUUUGUUGUAUUUUAACUCUUGUGUAAACCCUAUAAUCUAUUCAUUAUUUUACCCCUGGUUCAGAAAAUCCAUCAAAACAAUUGUCACACUUGAGAUAUUGCAGACAGGCUCCUGUGAGGCCAACAUAAUAUAA